UCAAUGAUAUUUAGGAGUAUAAGAUAAUAUCUUAUACGAAGAGCACCUAAUUCCUCUUGGUUUUAAGCUCAAAUCGAGACUAUUAAAACCCAUUCGUUGGAUGAAACCUAACAGAGGAUUAAAGUUAAAUGUAGAUGCGGCUUUUCUACAUGGCUCGGCUUCAGGAGUUGCGAUUUUGAGAUAUCAAAGAGGAGAGUUGGUCUGCGCCUGUGCUUUUCCGAUUGUUGCUUCUUCUUCCUUGGAAGCAGAACUUAUUGCUGCUAUGAGGUCAACCCGUUGGGCAAUUGAUGAAGGCUAUCGAGGAUUUCAGGUCGAGAUUGAUGCUGAGAUUGCUCUUAGCUUGCUUUCAGGCGGAUUCAACAUGGCUAGGUCUGAUGAAAUUAUCGAGUUCAGACAGAUAUGUUUUAGGAAAGGGAUUUACUUCAGACACAUUUUCAGGGAAGGUAAUAGAGCAGCCCACUAUCUCGCAGCUUACCAUCCGGCCCGUUUUACUUCUUGGACUUCUGCCAGGUCCAGUUCGUAUUGAAUUUAAUUGGCUAAAGGGUCAAAUAGGUACAUGAACUAACUUAAAGUGUUCAAUUAGUCCCUUAUAUAGGAGGUUCUGCCCGGACGUCGCCAAUUGGAGCAGUUCCCGGUGGAAUUUUUUGAUGAAAUUUUUUGAGCAUGUUCUUCAUUAAGUCUAGUUUACCCGUACCAAAUUUCAGCUAAAAAUUCAACCGGGAAGGCAGUCAAAUGUUUUUUUGAAGAUAACUGUGCAGUUAAACAUCGCAGUACAUUUUGGAAAAUCAUUUGACUGCCUUCCCGAUUUAAUUUUUAACUGAAAUUUGGUAUGGAUAAACUAGAUUGAAUGAAGAACAUGCUCAAAACAUUUCAUCAAAAAAUUCCACCGGGAACCGCCCCAAUAUGCGACGGCCGAGCAGAACCUCCUAUAUAAGGGGCUAAUUGAACACUUUAAGUUAGUUCAUGUACCUAUUUGACCCUUUAGCCAAUUUAAUUUAGAUUUAUUUAACAUUCCUUCUAUUAGAUGGCUUGUUUAAUGUUUUUUCUUUUCAAUUGGGUAAGGUUUGGUCCCCCCAAUUGCUGUUGUUCUUUUCUGUUCUGGUAUGAUGUAUCUUUGGGAGGUAUGCAUCCUUCGGAAAGGUUUUGGUCUAGUCCCCCUUUCCAUUGUACUUUAUUUGGUUAUUAAUAAAAUCUGGUAAAUGUUUCCCUACAUUUACCCCACCGACUUAGGUGGUUUGCCUACCGGGUUUUAAAA